AUGCUGAAAAUAUUCAGAAUUAUCGAAAGAAAUACUAUAGAAAAGACAUGUUUGUGCGUCCGAUACUCCAGUACCGAUUCCAGCGCAGAAAAGAGAGAUGAAUUCCGUGUUCUUAACAUCAGAAAACCCAAAGGAAGGUAUCAAGAGAGGAAACAGCCGAGAACCUUAAACAUUCUACCACCAAGAUCCGAAUCCAUGCCAGUGGACCAAGACUGGGGCAACGUGUGGCCGGGCCCGAGGUCCUUCCACCCGGCCACGGUCCCCCUGCCGGUACGCCAGGGCUACGUGGAGAAAUCGGGCGCGCCCCCGAGCAAGUACGCCAACGCUGAGCUGGUGAAAAUCCCCAACUUCCUCCACCUCACUCCCCCCGUCAUCGAGAGGCAAUGCAACGCCCUGAAGCAGUUCUGCACGCCGUGGCCGAAGGCUCUCGACACCGACGAGAAACUGGAGAAACACUUUCCGUUGCAAAUCACAUCGAGCGAUUACUGCUUUUCAUCGCCUUCGAUUAGAAACCCCUUGGCUCGAAUAGUCACGUUGCGAUUCAAACUGGGCUCUUUAGGCCUCAAUCAAAGGGCCAAAGAUAAGUUUUUGAGAUUGGUAGGCGAUCGGUACGACGAAGAAAGCGAUUCUGUUACUAUCGUUACCGAUCGGUGCCCGUUGAAGAAGCAGAAUUACGAUUAUGCUUUGUACCUGCUCACCGCCCUCUAUCACGAGUCAUAUAACGUUGAAGAGUGGGAGAAUUUGAAAACCGAAGCCGAUAUGGAAUAUUACGAUUGGCUGAAGAACAAAUCGAAAGCGACCAUCGAAAAGCUCUUCGGGAAACCGCACGGUGAAAUCGAAAAUGCCGACGUAUACGCGGACUCUGUCGAUAAACUUAUGAACGAAGGAGAAAAUACAUACACUUUGGAUAAAUACGGAGAAGCUGUUAGGAAACUGUUAAAUUUACCAACCAAAAUCGAGAUAAAAUAG